AUGCAGCCAGCCCUGAACAUGCAGCUGACUCAGGUCCUGGGGGAGGAAGCCACUCUCCUGGUGGAGGCCCCGGGCUGCAUGCGGAGGCAGGAAGUACUUGUGGGUGGCUCCCCAGCCGAGCAGGUCAAGGCCCUCAUGGACCUGCUGACAGGGAAGGGGACCCAAGCCCUGCAGACCCCCGACAGGACGCCGGAGGCCCCCUUGGGCCUCUGUCACGCAGACUCGAGGAUCCCGCGGCAUCGGGCCGCCCUGCUGGGCAGGCUAGGGGACAGCAAGGAGCUGGGUGAGCCCCCGGCCAGGCUGGCCAGCCUUCUGUUAGUGGACGGCUUGACGGACCUGCAGCUUCGGGAACACGACUUCACGCAGGUGGAAGCCACACGUGGGGCUGGGCGUGCCGCCAGAACCAUUGCUCUGGACGGGCUCUUCCUGCCCCUCUCCCGGGUCUCAGUGCCGCCCCGCGUCUCCAUCACCGUCGGGGUGGCCGGCGUGGGCAAGACCACCCUGGUGAGGCAUUUUGUCCGCCUCUGGGCCCAAGGGCAGCUCGCCAAGGACGUGUCUCUGGUGCUGCCCCUGACCUUCCGGGAGUUGAACACUUACGAGAAGUUGUCAGCUGACCGGCUCAUCCGCACCGCCUUCCAACACAUCGGGGAGUCCAGCCUGGUAGUGGGGGCUCCGACCAGGACCCUCCUGAUUCUGGACGGCCUGGACCAGAGUAAGACGCCCCUGGACUUCUCCAACGCGGCAGCCUGCACGGACCCCAAGAAGGAGAUCCAGGUGGACAGCCUCCUCACCAACAUCAUCCGCGGUAACCUCUUUCCGGAAGUUUCUGUCUGGGUCACCUCCCGCCCUGGUGCGGCUGGGCAGAUCCCGGGGGGCCUGGUGGACCGGAUGACAGAGAUCCGGGGCUUUAAUGAGGAGGAGAUCACAGCGUGUUUGGGGCAGAUGUUCCCAGAAGAUCAGAGCCUCACGAACUGGGUUCUGGCCCAGGUGCAGGCAAACAGGGCUCUUUACCUGAUGUGCACUGUCCCUGCCUUCUGUCGGCUCUCAGGGUUGGCUCUGGGCUACCUGUACCACCACAGGCGGGGCACCCCAGACGCUGCUGAGCUGUCAUCCCCGAGGACCCUGAGUGAAAUUUACUCCUGGUACUUCCGGAUGGCACUGGGUGGGGAGGGACAGGACAGGGGCAAAGUGAGCCCACGCAUCGAGCAUGUGGCCCAGGGGGGCCGCAGGAUGGUGGGGACGCUGGGCCGGCUGGCCUUCCUCGGGCUGCUCAGGAAGAAGUACGUGUUUUACGAGCAGGACCUGAAGGCAUCCGGGGUGGACCUGACCCUGCUACACAGCGCUGUUUGCAGCUGCUUUCUGCGGCAGGAGGAAAUACCGGGUGCCUCGGCCGCCUACUGCUUCUCCCACCUGUCCCUGCAGGAGUUUGUAGCAGCUGCUUACUACUACAGCGCAUCCAAGAGGGCCAUCUUCGACCUCUUCACCGAGAGCGGCAUGUCCUGGCCCCGGCUGGGCUUCCUCACGCACUUCCGGAGCGCCGCCCAGCGGACCAUGCAGGCGGAGGACGGCAGGCUGGACGUGUUCCUCCGCUUCCUCUCGGGCCUUCUGUCCCCCAGGGUCAACGCCCUGCUAUCAGACUCCCUGUUGGCCAUAGGCGAGCACCAGACUUACCGGACGCAGGUGGCUAGCCUCCUGCGGGGCUGCCUGGCCUCCGAGGCCGCUGUCAGCGCCCGGGCCAUCAACAUCCUGCGCUGCCUGCAAGAGCUACAGCACACGGAGCUGGCCCGCGACGUGGAGGCGGCCAUGGAGCGCGGAUCCCUGGCCGAGCUGACCAGCCCCGCGCACCGCGCCACCCUGGCCUACUUGCUGCAGGUGUCAGACACCUGUGCCCAGGAAGCCAACCUGUCCCUGUGCCUCAGCCGGGCUGUCCUCCAGAGCCUACUGCCCCAGCUGCUCUACUGCCAGAGCCUCAGGCUGGACACAAACCAGUUCCAGGACCCGGUGAUGGAGUUGCUGGGUAGUGUGCUGAGUGGGAAGGACUGUCGCAUUCAGAAGAUCAGCUUGGCUGAGAACCAGAUUAGCAACAAAGGGGCCAAAGCUCUGGCCAGAUCCCUUCUGGUCAACAGAAGUCUGACUGCUCUGGACCUCCGAGGUAACUCCAUUGGGCCACAAGGGGCCAAGGCCCUGGCAGAUGCUCUGAAGAUUAACCGCACUCUGGCUUCUCUGAGCCUCCAGAGCAACGUGAUCAAGGACGAUGGUGCCAGGUCCAUGGCUGAGGCCUUGGCCACCACUCGGACCCUCUGCAUGCUGCACUUGCAGAAGAACACUAUUGGGCCCAAGGGAGUCCAGCAGAUGGCAGACGCCCUGAAGCAGAACAGGAGCUUGAAGGAGCUCAUGUUCUCCAGUAACAGCAUUGGUGAUGGAGGCGCCAAGGCCCUAGCGGAGGCCCUGAAGGUGAACCAGGGCCUAGAGAGCUUGGACUUGCAGAGCAAUUCCAUCAGCGACACGGGGGUGACAGCACUGGCGGGGGCCCUCUGCACCAACCAGACCCUCGUCAACCUCAGCCUCCGAGAAAACUCCAUCAGUGCGGAGGGAGCCCAGCCUCUCGCCCGUGCCCUCUGUGCCAACAAUACCCUAAGGAACCUGGACCUGACUGCCAACCUCCUCCACGACCGCGGAGCACAGGCCAUUGCGGGGGCCUUGAGAGAAAACCGUGCCCUCACAUCUCUUCACCUGCAGUGGAACUUCCUCCAGGCCAGCGCUGCCAAGGCCCUGGGACAAGCUCUCCAGUUCAACAGGACCCUGACCAGUCUGGAUUUACAGGAGAACGCCAUCGGGGAUGAAGGAGCUUCUGCGAUGGCCAAUGCGCUGAGAGCAAACACGGCCCUCACUGCUCUCUACCUCCAGGUGGCGUCCAUUGGUGCCCCGGGGGCCCAAGCGCUGGGGGAGGCCCUGGCUGUGAACAGAACCUUGGAGAUUCUCGACUUACGAGGAAACACCAUUGGGGUGGCAGGAGCCAGAGCCCUGGCCAAUGCUCUCAAGGUGAACUCCAGUCUGCGAAGACUCAAUCUUCAAGAAAAUUCUCUGGGGAUGGACGGAGCGAUAUGUGUGGCCUCGGCGCUGUCUGGGAACCAUGGACUCCAGUACAUCAAUCUCCAGGGGAAUCUCGUCGGGGAGUCUGGUGCCAGGAUGGUCUCAGAGGCGAUCAGGACGAAGGCGCCCACCUGCACCGUGGAAAUGUGA